GAUUCCUUUCAACUGUUUGUUUUGGUAAUUUUUAUAUUUCUAUCGCGUGAAUCGCAACAGCUUUUGUACCGAAUUACGAAUAACAAUAGCAAGUGAGUAACCUCGAUGUCUUUUUUGUAUUAGUCAUUGACCAAAAUGGCUCGAAAUUUACCAGAAAAUCCUGAAAAUAUAGUAUGCCGCUAUUUUUUGCAAGCUUCUUGUCAUUUCGGAAAUAACUGUCCUAUAUCCCAUGUUCGUUCACAAAACUGUAAGCCUGAUGAUAUUUGUCGAAAAUAUUUACAUAGACGAUGCCGCGAUGGGGAUAAAUGCAUCUAUCGUCAUGCUAGAAUACCAAUUUUUUAUAAAGUCAUGAGGCAAAAUGGAAUAUUUUCGCUGCCUCAUGUUGGUUUAGGCAUUGAAAACAGUUCCAAGUUGAAAGAAAAUGAAACCACUACUGAUAUUUCGUGUUUAUCAAAAUCCAGUGUUCCAAAAGAAUUGGGAUCUGAUUGGGUAAAUGCCGCUGAGUUUAUUCCUAAAAAGCUGAAGUCUUAUGCUGAGUGUUUGAGAAGGGAACAAAAUACUGAUAUUGAAGAAUUGAAAUCGAAAGAAUUGUGUUAUUACUUAAUUGAAUGUUGUCCAUAUGGUGGAGAGUGUCCUUACAUACAUGGUGAUGCAUGUGACAUUUGUGGCUAUGUUUGUCUUCACCCUUAUAAUGAACAACAACGAAUAAUCCAUAGGGAAAAGUGUCUCAAAGAACUUGAAGACGAAAUGGAAUUUUCUUUUGCAGUGCAGCGCAGUAUGGGGAAAAUGUGUGGAAUAUGUAUGGAUGUGGUGAUUGAUAAGGAACGUAUAUCUGAUCGGCGGUUCGGUAUCCUUGAAAAUUGUAAUCACGUAUUCUGUUUGAACUGCAUUCGGAAAUGGAGAUCUGCAAAGAAAUUUGAAAACCGCCAACAUUCAGAAGGCGUGCUAGAUCCAUUUGUUACCAGAGCCUGUCCAGAAUGCAGAAGACCUUCAGAUUUUGUCACACCAAGUCCGUUUUGGUUUGAAAAUGAAGAAGAAAAGAAAAAACUGAUGGAAGAUUAUAAGAAGAGUUUGAACAAGAGACAUUGUAAAUAUUUCAAACGUGGUGAAGGAACAUGCUAUUUUGGAUCAACUUGCUUUUAUCUCCAUGCAAACCCAGAUGGAACUAUUGUAAAAUUACCUCCUCCAGCUCGUAGAAGAAGGCGCAAUCAAAAUAUGGAAUUAGAUUACUUAGAAGAAUCUACACUUUGGGAUUUCUUUAGAACAAGAGAAGAAAAUAUAUUGAUUCAUUUAGAUUUGGAUGAGUUCUUAUACAAUAUGACAUUGCCAGAUGGUGAUGAUGUCCCACUAUCGUAAGAUGUUCCCUUCCAUUUCAUGCUUUGUUUCAAGAUUGCUUAAAAUUGAAAAGUUGAACUUUCAUCUGUCUUAAUUAAAUGCUGUU